CUGCAUAUUACUGACAGUGUUGAACAUUAUUUUUUUUAAUUUUUUGUUGUUUGUUUGUUUAACGUAUGGUGAAAAACUUAACAGGUAUAUAAAAAGGCUAUGCCUUCAUUAUUAUUUUUAAAAUUAUUAUUUAGAGAACAGAUUUUGCAGUAAAAUGGUCUCGACUCAAUGUACUGAAUAUACAAUAAAAACGCCAGAGAAUAUAACUGCUUAGUUUAACCUAUUGCGUAUUUUAAUUAAAAAAAAAAAAAAAAUGCAUCCCCUUUGCUGUUGACCCAUUAAUAACUUAUGUGAUCGUCAAAAUAUUUAACUGUACUUAAGCUAAAAGAUUAGCAUUUUAAUAGUACGGUAAAUUAAAAAGCUCAAAAAUCACACAAACCGGUAUUAUUAUUAUUACUAGAUACGAUUAGCUUAUAGGACACCAUUACACAGCCUGGCACAGGGACCUGUGUCACAGGGCGCUGACGUCGGCACGACAGGAGAAACAGAGGUCUCCGCACUCAACCUGCAGCUACGGGGGCAACGUUCAAAAUACAGCUUUGCUAACUCUAGGACUGUAGAAUGAGCUGACAAGCGCUGCCUGCAUGAUACAGAAUAUUGAAUACAGUCGCAUAAAGGUAUUUAGAGAGUCCGAUUAUUGUUUAUUGCAAUUCCACAUUGUGAUUGAGAAUAAACUGUAGAACUGACGGACAAGUCAUAUUUAACCGGCUUCGGAUUGCUUUCACAGUCCCAUGGAAGAGACUGAUCUAAGGUUUUGUAGGUGUUGGUACGGUUAACAGUAGUUUUGCUCUUACGAAGCAGUUUUCCCAGGAAUUAGGGAUUUCUUUCCCCGAAUGAUAUGGAGGAAGCGGACGGCGCAGGCCCUGCGAACAAUGAGCCGCAUGAAGAGGCGGACAAAAGAGGGCAGAGCUGCAGUGACAGAGGGGAUACAGGCGGCUUCGGGAUGAAAAUCGACAGCGCUGCUCUAAGAGGUCUGAAAGAAGGCCCCGACACUUCUGGAUGUGGGGAUCGGACUCUAACGAAUUUGGCCCGGAUUAACAUCACAAUUUUGCCCGUGGAUUUAAAGCCGAUCAAUCUUGCAGCGUUGACCGAUGAGACUGGAAAUAGUAGCUCCACAGAUUUAAAUGCUGAUGUUGAAAAGCAACAUUUUUUGCCUUUAACAAACACCGAGGAGCAACAAGCAGUGAUGGACACUGCUGCAGGUGGAAAUAAAACUGAUUUGAAAAAUAAAGAUCCCGAUACUCUACGGGAUACACUACACCAAUCACGUAAAUUGUGUUUUAAAAGUAAAGGUCUUACUAGAUCUUUUCAGCAUAAUGCUAGCAUAGAUCAUUUAUCAGUUUCUCCUCAAACAAACUGUGAUGGUCAACACAACGUUUUAAACACACUAUCUGAGCAUCAUAACUCUGUAAGCAAGACCACUGAGGAUGCGGGUUUCUUGACAAGCUGUCAUGUUCUGGAUGGGCUCGACGUAUCACAGGCUUCCUUCACUAAGAAAAACAAUAACACAUGCUACUCUUGUAUCACUGCUAGUAAACCGGGCACGCUAUCUGCCAGCAGUGCCGACAUGACCAUGGUUAACGCUACCGAUAUAAUCCAAAAUUGUGAAUAUCGCGCUGAAUUAUUCAGAGUUGGGGAUUACAAAGAGAACACUAACAAUGUGAAAAGGGUGGGUUUGGAUAGAGUUUCCUCACAGGAGUCAGCAUGCGAAGAAUCUCAAAUAGGACUCACAUUACCGGGAGAGGCACAUAGUACCGAAUGUAAUUUGAACGCGGAGGUUAUCAUUAAUGGUACAAAGGCAGUAUCCGUGGAAGAUGCCAUUUCCGAGCCUAGGACAGAGUCGAGCAACAGCUUGAACGUGGAAGAAGAGAUGGUUGAAAUUUCGGAGGAUAGCCAGUCUUUGCUAGAGAUUUUUCAUGCAAGCAGUGGAGCUGUUAACGCCCAGGACGACCUAAACUAUGAGCUGCAGCAGGGUUAUCGGAUUCUGAAUGGAUUUCUUUUAGAAAAACACCGGAGUUUAACGACUCCUUUCAUGAACCCCGUUAGUAAAAAGGACUUUGGGGAUUAUACCAGUCGCAUCCAGGAACCAAUGUGGUUUAGGAGAAUGGAGCAAAAGUUUGUCAACAGGGAAUACGAGACCAUCACAGACUUCGUGGGUGAUUUCAGGUUGAUGCUGGAAAACUGUUACAGGUAUCACGGGGUCGACCACUGGCUUUCAAAGCAAGCACAGAAAUUGGAAAUGAUGCUGGAGCAGAAGCUUACCUUGCUGUCAAGGCCUCUGAGGGGGAAGACAACACUAGCCAUGACAUCAAAAGGCCGCUAUGGAUCAGAAGACGAGAAGGGAUUGGUGAGCACAUCCACCAGGAGGCGCACCACUCCCCGGAACCUGGGAGCCAUAGCGACGGGGGCCAGCGAGUCCAUCAUGGUGCAGGCCUUGAGGUUGGAAGAGCAGCAGAGGGCCAAGGACGAGAGGAGGCAGCGAGAACAGGAGCGCAAGGAGACAGAGGAGGCAACGGCCAAGGAGCUGGAGGAGUGGGAGCGUAGUCUGCUGGCUCAGGCAUAUCCGCAGCCCAUGGAUGCCCUAUGGGAAGUGCCAGCUAUUGGCCACUUCCUCUGCCUGGCCCAGCAGGCCCUCAAGCUGCCUGAGAUUAUCUUCUACGAGCUGGAGCGCUUCCUCCUUCUGCCACGUUGCAGUGUCUUCCUGGCCAAGGUCAUGACCUCCCUGCUGAGCCAUCCACAGCAGAGGCCCACCCUACACCGACGGCCGGCCCUGUCCUACCGCAGCUGGGAGGCGGCACUGCGGCAGAGUGUGCAGCGGUGGUAUGUAGCGGUGGGGCAGGCAGAGGACCAGCGUGCCUGCGCUGAGCAGCUGGGACUCUGCCCUCAGUUCUUCCGGGUGUUAGGAGAGGUCAGCCCCCUGGAGGAGAAGCCCUUCCACUUGCUGCCCUUCUACCAGCGGGUGUGGCUGCUUAAGGGCCUGUGUGACUGGGUGUACGAGACUCAGAAGGAGGUGCAGGAUGCCGUGCUGAGCCAGCCAAUCCAUGAGUGCCGGGAGUCCAUCCUGGGCUAUGAUGGCCAGGAGAACGCCUACAUCCAUUUCCCGCACUUCUGCGGAGCGGACCUUCGCAUCUACUGCCAGAGCCCCUCAGCCUCCCCAGAAUUCCCGCUGCCUAUUCGUGUCAAGAGGCUACAGAGUGAGCAUACCAGACAGGAACAGCAAGCUGUCUUUGGGGGCCCGUCCCCUGAAUCAAAUGUCAAACGGAAUAAGCGCAUGGUUCAGGAAGAUCCCGGCUGUGGUAGUGAUAGUGGAAAAGGAGGGGAAAAUGAUACCAGACAGAACCACUUGGGUCACACUGGUGUCACGCAAACUAGAGAGGUAACAGAUAAGCAAUACGGUGGCAGCUCAGAGGGAGAGGGAUGUGGGAAUGGAGUAUCUGAAGGUGUCAGAAGGAUAAUAACUGAAUGGGGUGACAGAAAAGGCUCUGCUUCUGAUGAGGGUAGUCUUUCAGGUGACAGGGACACUAUUUUCACAGGAGAGGAUUCUCUUAAGAGGAUUAAAAUGGAGGGUGGUGAUAUUACAGCAAUAAAGGAGGAAAGGGGAUGCAAUAUGAGCCCUAAAAGGGAAGGUUCUGUGAAAGCUCAAGUACCUGAUUCCAAUCUCUGUACUAAAUGGGGAGUAGCAGUAGGAGAGGCUGAAAGAAACUGUGAAGCAAAGUGCAGGGAAUCGCUUCCUCCUUGUUGGGAAAACCAGGAGAAACCCUCAAGUCCUGGGAAGAUUGUGGGCUUCGGGGCACCCCUGAGCCCAGGGGAAAUACGCAUCCAGGACAAUGGGAUACCCCCCUCAACCCAUGGGCCCUGCCGAGCAUGUGGAACUCUCCCAGCCAAUGAGAGCCAUGAAAACAAGCCCCACAGCUGUCCAGCUCCUUCAGCCAUGAAGCGGGCAUCUCCCGAGCACUCUGCACCAGAGAGCCAGACAGAAGGCAAGGCGGGCCGAAUGCGGACAAAGAAGAAGAAGAAAAAGAAAAAGAAAGUCAAGGAGGCGGUGAGUAAUGAAGGGAAAGCAAGACCAGGACGGCUGCGGCAGAACCUGGCCCAGUGUUCUAGGCCUGACCUCCAGCAGACAGUUGUUGCUAAGAAGGCGAAACACAAGAAACACAAGUCAGGAAAGAAAUCUGAGUCCAAGAAGACUACUGUGAAGAAAAGAAAGCCUUGCCUUCAGCUCCCCUUCGAGCCCGGGUUUCAGCUAGUUUGCACGAAUGUUGAGGAACUCCGGGCGCUAAUCCGCAAAACUGAGGAAGAACUGAAGGAGUUCGAGAAUAUGCGGAAGAAAUCUGGGAAAUGGUACUUCAGGAGGCAGGCUGUGAAGGAAUUACACUGCACACUGGUGAGACUGCUUAAUGAGCUGUUGCCGUGGGAACCAAAGCUGAUAAAGGCCUUCCAAAGAAACAGAGCUCGACUGAAGAAAGACUUUGACGAUUUUAAAAGGCAUCCUGACCAUGACAACUUUGUUCGAGAGGUCUGGACUGGGGAAGAGGGGGAUGGAAAUUUGGGCAAGGAUACUUCUUCCACAGAGACCAACAGACCAUUUGAUGGUGCUGAAAAACAGGAAGUCUUAAAGAAAGAGUUAAAAGGAAUGGAGGACUCCAGGCAGCAAGGCUUGGAACUUCCUGCGUGCAGGAACCGACUGUUGAGAAGUGUGUGCCAAGAAGGUUUAAAGCUGCAGCCUAAGAAUCCCAAACGCAGGCAGAGCAGUAGCACAGAUGAUGAAUUAACACCCAAAAAGAGAACCAAACUCGGCACAAAUGAGGAUCAUGUUGCAGCAUUAGCAGAAACCCCAUUAAGCAACUUGAAACCAGCAACGGAGCCUCCAGCUACAGAAACUUUCAAGGUUUUACCUGUUUUCACAAAGGGGGAUAAGCCCAUCCAAGCCUUGCUAGCAAAGAAUGUCGGCAACAAAGUGACCUUAAUCAGUCAGCUGCCAGUCACAAGUAGCCAGACAUCAAAUAAGGUGGCUGUUGUGCCUCGGGAAAAAACCUUAACAGCUGGCCAAGCCCCAGCCAAGAACCCCCUGCAGAUGCUUUACAAGAUGCCAGACAACUCCUGUGUGCCUUUUGACCUGCUCGGUGAUAGGGACAGUGGCUCAGUAAAGAUUGCAAUGCAGCCUGUCCUAGACCAGAAGACUGGAGAGAAGGUCUUGCAGAAAGUGGUCAUUCUGCCCAGGAACCUCCUUCUCCAUCACAAACAUCUGGAGAUGGAAACCAAGCAGAACCAGCCUUCCACAACUCCUAAAAAAGCCAGUCCUGGCUCUUUUUUCGAUUCCUUUGGUACAGUUCAGCUUGAUGAUCUGAGCAAGAUCCCUGUGCAGCAAGUGGCGCCAUUGAGUGAGGUGCCACGGACCGAGCCAGCAGGAAUUUCUCCAAAACCAAACUACCUGGGUGCCUCCUCUUCCAAAUUUGCCCCGGGCCAGUCUUCAGCCCAGACGCCAAGUUCCAGCAGAGCUGUGACUGCCAGUGUGAGUGCUGCAGAGACCAGCAAAUCGUCCGACUCCAUGCAGGAACUCAAGACAGUGUGCAUCCGAGACUCUCAGUCUAUCCUUGUUACCACUAGAGGAGGGAACACUGGGAUAGUCAAGGUGCAGACCAACCCUGACCACAGCACACCUGGCUCCUUACCUCCCAGCCCAAUCUUUACUUUCCCACCUGGAUUCAAAGCCUUUUUGGUGUCCAAGUCUGCCACCUCCUCUGCGACUGCUUCAGCAACAACUUGUUCAGCAACUACGUCACCAGGGUCAACACAUUUUGCGGGAUCCUCCAUUUCUAGCUUAUCCCAGCUACCUUCCAUUCCCUUCACUCGGGCCAUGGGGAACAGUGUCUGUCAAACCCAACCCCAAAAGAAUAUGGGCUCUGGGCAAGUAACUCUAAGCAAAAGCACAAUGUCCUCUGCCACAUUGGCAACCACAACCCAAGCAUUGUCUGGCACUCUGCAUAGUGUUAUCAAUAUGGCGGCAGGCUCUGUGGGAGCAGUGUCUACAGAAAGCUUUGGGAAAACUAGUAUGGUGGUCACCCAGGCUCCACUGGCACAGUAUGCCACCAAGCUUCUAACCAAACGGGCUCUACCUCAGUCCGAGGCCAGUUCGGCAGACAGAGCACCCAUACAGAAAGUUAUCCUUGUCACAUCUCCUUCUAUUGUUACCCCUUGUGGCUCAGCAUCCAAGUUCAGCCCUCCUGCUCUUGCUGCUCCUUUCCACACCCAGAAAUUGAUGUUUAUUAGCCCAACUUCUGCUACUGCAACCCAAUCCUUGAUUGGUGCUCCAAAAACUCCAGAGAAGGUCACUGCCAUGGACUCUUCCACGAACCUCCAUGCUGCCGUGCCCACUUUUUCUCAGAUAAGAGAUGUGAAGAUCGGCCUUAACAUAGGCCAAGCCAUUGUUAAUGCUGCUGCCAACAACUUGCAGAAGGUACAGGCGAUCAACUUGGUGCCCAGUUUGGCUGCUAGGAUAACUGAGGAUCCCCCCAAUCAUGGAAGGCAGACCAAUAUCUCAGCUCCAGGAGCAGACGCAGGUGUUAGGACAGCUGUAAGUUCAACCACAGCAAAUGCUACCCCCAAUGAUUUUUCUUCUUCAGUGAACCCAGGCCCAAUCAAUAACAGAAAAACAGUGUCUGUCUCAACUGUGAAAGCUGGGCAUUUGGCAUCUUCAGUCCUUGUAGCAGCUUCCCCUCAGCAGUGUGUCUCAUCUGUAUCUUCACCAGUUCCAACAAUGGGAAGCCCAAAAGCUGUACAGGGCAGAAGCAGUCAUCUAAAGACUUCUCCGGUCCCUUAUACAAGCAGUCUGCCUCAGAAAGAUGUGACAGAUGGAAACAUCCAGUUACUGAGGACCUCAGUCUCAAGUCAAGCUGUUGGCCACCCAAUAUCCCUUGCCACACUGUGCACAGCAUCUUUUCCAGUGUGUGCCAUCUCUACGCCCUUUUCUCAAAGCCAGUCCCAAGUGCCCCGAAACGUAUCCAAACCCACUCAGAUAUUCAAUACUCCCGUUCCAGCUCCCAGAGCUGUGGCUCAGUCGACUACUGUUAAUCUCUUAAGUGAAUCCUCAGUGCAGCAGAAGAUUGUAAUCAAUACCAGCACACCCCUGGCUCCUGGAACCCAAAUUAUGAUAAAUAACAGUAGGUUAAUUGUCCCUCCUCAAGGCCUUGGGCCUGGCAGUCAUGUACUCCUUAUUUCUAGUCCAGGCAUGUCACCCACUGGUAGUGUCACUGGUGGGCCACUGAACCAGAAGGCUAUCCCUGUACCCAGUGGGCAAGUAUGCUUAACUGGAAAUCAGAACCCAAGAAGUUUACCUACUACUUCUGCACAGACCUCAAAUGCUCUUAACAAAUCACAGCCUCCCUCAACAGUGAAAUUGACUUUGCACAGUGCAAAGACACAUGCUCUGCCCUUGGCAACAGCUUCAUCUAAUCUCGUCAUGGCUGUUGGGAAGCCACUUACUUUGCCCAUUGGAAUAAACCCUUUGCCAACAGGGAAUGCUAUAUCUGCAGCACAGGUUUCUCACUUAAUGGCAGCUAAAAAAAUAGCCACUCCAGCCACACAACAAAGUCUGAGAGAAAGAGCUCAAACUGUGACAACUUUGGCAGAAGGGAAAGGCUUGCCCAUUGCUGCAGUGCAAGCAGUUGGUAACUUUAUUAAAGGGCCAGUUAUAGCAACAGCACCAUCUGUAGCAAGCUCUGUCAACAGCACAAAGACAGCCCUUGCACAUGGAACAUUGGCAAAUAUGAUUACCAAGGCACAGCUUUCACCAUUAACACCAACAUUGCAACCAAUUGGGGUUUCUAGACCACAGACUUUACCCACAGCAACAGUGCCCCCAAUAGGUAGUACAAUUUCUAGGAUACAGACAUUACCGAUAGCAACUGUACCACCAAUAGGGAGCGCAAUUACUCAGACACAGGCUUCCCCCAUAGCAUCAGUAACACCAUCGGACCAUCCCGUUAUUAUGGCACCUGCUCAGCCUCUCACAGCUACAACUCUAAACCCAAUAAGAACGCCAGUGCCAUUUACAAAUCCAGCGAUAAUGUUAAGCAAGCAGUUGCAGCCUGCGAGCUGCCUUUCACUUCUAACCAACAGCUCCUCCAGCAAAUUAAUAGUCAGUCCAGAAGGAGCCAUUUUAAAUGCCAUCAGUACUCCUGUUCCCAGCUUCGUGAAGCUGUCCAAGCCAGUGGCCACUGUGGUGGUGACUCCAAGUUCCAGCGCAGGGAGGAUGCUUCCUGUCUUCAAGGUAGAGGAUCCCAGUCCUCAUUCAGGAGACCCCGAUAAAUCAGGCUUAACAUGAGAGGCCAAUUACUGAGAGGAGGCAGGAGAAAAUCAGUACACACUUCUUGUAUUUUGACUCAAUAUGAGAUCUGGGCAGCAACAAAUGGAACGGUUUCUUUCUGGUAAGGACCGCAAGCCGACCAUGAUACUAGAUAUAGACAGACCUGGUCUGCACUUCUUCUUACCCUGACAAAGUUUUUCAAAGAAAUACGGUAGCUUUUACAUUCAUUCACUAUAUACAGUACUGUAAGCAUAGUGCAGUUCAUUCUUACAGGUAGCUGAUUUCAAAUUGAUCUGUGAAUAAUAUUUUCUGUUUCUUUUUGGACUGACACGGACUGACUGUCUUCAUUUGUUUUGUUUUCUUUGUCCUGCUUUUUUUAGGAAGCCCCACUUUCUAAAGCACUUAAGGAAGAUAUUACAUUAAUUAAAGCUGCCAGUUUGUAUGUAAGGGUUAUUUUAAGGUUUAGGGUGCACAGAAUGCUCACUAGAACAAGCACUGGACUAUAUAGUCAUUUUGGCUGCCUCUCCAACUGAGAAUACAUAUUGACAUACCUAAUGUGUCAUUGCAAAUAAACCCCAUGUGUGCAUGGGGGAAAAGAAAGCAAAACCUUCAUACUGGAGAAUGAAUAAAUAACAAAUGUAGCACAGUGCAUUAUUGGCACACUUGUGUAUGUGACCUCCGCUACAUUCUCAUUCAUUCACUGUCUGAUAUUCAUCUACCGGUUUAUGUUCACAAAUCCACUAGCCCAAGUUCAUCAUCUGAUAACUACACUAUAUUGUGUACAUCUCUUACUUUUCACCCUAUUUUGCCCAGUUUUGCAGUGUGGCCAGGUAUACACAUUGACAGUGAAAGAUCAUUGAUGAAAUCCUGAUACCAACCUUAGUUUUGGUACAUGUAAGUCAUAUACAAGUUUGUAGAAACAGGUGACUGAGGAAUUGUGCACAAACACAUAAGAGGUAUUUUUGUUCUGCAUUUAUAAAGCAUUGAAAGAGCGUGUUUCUUGUGAGUUCAUAUUCUAAUUUGAAUGGUUGGUUUUCACCUAAUUUUCAUUUUUAAAUGAACACAAGGAAGAAAACAGUCGUAUUUGCAUUUAAGGUUUAAAAAAAGAUUGGUAGAGAAUAAAUAUUGAAACAGUAUAUCUGAACUGGUUAGAAUUAUUGCAAAUGUCAAACAUUUUAUCAUUUGUAGUCUCAUCAGAGUAGCAGUUGGCAGAGGCUUGUUAUAGAAAAGCCCAAAGCUGUUCUCGAACCUGCCAAUCCUACAAGAAUUCCUUUUGAAAGCAGAAGCAAGACAUUUAUUCCCAGUUCUGUAGUUUGGUUUAUUAGGCAUUUUAGUACUCAUAAUAAUAAUGAUUAUCUUGGUUUCUUCCAAGCAGUUUGAUCAUAGUAGGUGAUUGAUCGUGGAGGGUACAAAUCUGGAGAGUAAUGACUUGUACUGUGUAUAAAACAAUAUCAACAGUUCCUGUAUGUUCUUGCACAUAUUUAAAUGCUGUGGCUGUGCUUGUAAUGAGACAACUAUGAAUACAAAUAAAUCAAGAAAGGAUCAACUUAGUGGUAAUUUAUUCCCUACCAUAAAGAAGAAUUCCUUAGUGUAAUCUAAACUAAAAUAAUAUAGUACCAUUGGUUGCAUCUUUUACAUUGAGUGUUCUCUACAUCAAUAUUGGGGGUGGGGG